AUGGGUUCCGAUACCAAUUCACCCUCGGCUUUACUACUUCUUCCCCCGCCUCCAGCCUUUUCUUUUACCAAAGUCAAAGAUGCCUUUGAGCCAUCCUUAGUGGAUGUUUUCACCAAGCUCUCAAAUGCCUUGGCUGGAUCCAAGCGUACAGCUCUACUGGAUAUUGCUUUGGCCAUUCCAGAUCUUCUUUCCCCGAGCUGCCAACCUCGGGCCAAAGUGUUUGCACAACUCCAACAUUAUAUGACCAGCGUCUAUACCCUGGUUGUUGCUGUCUGUGCAACACAAAACAUUGAAUUGGACUCUCCAGGUGGCAUUGAUACCCGGGUGGUAUUUAUCGAUGCAAGUGAGAACACCUCAGCCAUCCAAGCCUCUGAUAGUUCUCGCUUUGGGCCCAUUCUGGACAUCCAAUCACUAGCAAAUUCAAGACGUCUUUGGGAUUAUGUUUUCUACCUGUCCAACACAACCGGCCAAAUUUUGGCUAAUUCCUUCACCAACAGUGUUGGGAGCCAGUCCCGGGACGGCACGGCGGCAAGCAUGCAAGCCAUCACAAGCAAGCCUGACUGGGCGAUCCCUGCCCGCCUGUUAAUUCCUGACGACCAACAUCCAUCCACUCCACACUAUUCGGUGGUUGUUGGUGGCACAUUUGAUCACCUUCAUGUUGGUCACAAACUUCUGCUCACAGCAGUUGCAUUGGUCCUAGAACCGCUGGACCGAGAGCACGAAGGCCGCCUGACCAUCGGAGUGACCGGGGAUGCGCUGUUGGUUAAUAAAAAAUACGCCGAAUUUCUCGAGAGUUGGGAAGCGCGUUGGCAGAGUACUGCGGCUUUUCUGACGGCCAUUAUGGAUUUCUCGCCUGGAAAGAAGUCACCGCAGAUUGAACGUGCCUUUGCGCCAGGUCCCAAUGGCAAGACUGUCCUUGUAAGGAUCCAACCCAACUUGGCAUUUGAAUUUGUGGAGAUCUCUGAUCCAUUUGGGCCCACGAUUACCGAGGAGAACCUUGGAGCAAUCGUUGUCUCGAAGGAGACACACUCAGGAGGGGCAGCUGUCAACGAAGAGCGGGUGAAGAAGGGAUGGAAAGGUCUGGCCGUAUUCGAGGUGGAUGUACUCCAGUCUGGAGAAGCAACCACGACCACUGAUGUUGAGGGCUUCGAAUCCAAAAUCAGCAGCACGGAUAUCAGACGGCGCCGAGUCCAUCUCGCAAAGGUCUAA